AUGUCACCUCAGGAGCUUGCUGCACUGCUCUGCAAAGAAGCGGACCACCAUCUUGCCCAGCAAGAGUUCCCAAUGGCCACUGCUUUCUACAUGGCUGCCUUCAGCUGCAGUGCCCCCACGGCGGUACAGAAAGUGAACUCCUUGGACAAAGGGCUCUGGGAGAAAGUGAUAGCCACUCUGGAGAUGUGGUGCAAAGGCAAGAAUCAGAUUCCCAAGAUCCAGAGCAAGAACGUGGCUGUUGUCUCCCUCAGUGUGGGAAUAGCUGCCAUCUUUCUCUCCACCCUAAGUCCCAACAAUGUGGCAUCCUCAGUAUAUAAACUGGAGACCCUGCUCAGGCGAGGAUGCUUGGAGGAGGUGGUGAGUAAAUGCAAUACCCUGCUCAAGGCUAACCCAAAGUAUGCAGUGGAACUGCUGCUGCUGAGGGCGUUGGCAUGGGUGCUGUCGGGGAGGCAAGUUACGAAGGGAGUUGCAGACUAUAUCCAAGCCUUUGUCAUGCAUCGGGCUGAGGCAGUGGCCUAUGUGUGCACUAGGCAAAGGGAACACCUGCCUCAGGUCAUCCAGGCCUUCUCUAGUUAUCUCUCAACAUAUCAGAACGAAAGCCCAGACUGCAGUUCCUUGGACCAGUGGCUGGGCAACUGCUAUGACUUCCUGUCUGCAGUGGCACCGGAUGAUAUCUGGGUUUGCAGGGUGCAGGCAGCUUACCUCUUUCAGAAAAGGAAAUUUGAGGAGUGUGUGGCAGUUUGUAGCAACGCCCUCAAGGGCUUCUCAGCUGAUAAUAAUCUCAGAGAUGAGAAAGCUUUGGGUCUGCUCUUGGAACGGGCUGCUGCGUAUUUCUUCUUGGGUGGACGGAUGCCAGAAAUGAUGCAGGAUUUAGCAGAAGCCUUUGCAGCAGCCCCUGCCCAGGCAAUGAAACACUUCGAAGAGCUUUUCUCACCACAUGACACUGAGAGGAUAGAAGAAGAGGCUAGAACUCUUCUGGAGCUGAAGUUUGCAGCAUACAGGGAGGCUGUGCGUACUCGGACUGAACUCAGAGGCAAUCAUGGUACUGAACUGCUCCCUUCUGUCAUCCAGACAGUCCAGUUCCUCCUUCAGAUCUCCCCAGGGUCCAAACGUGAGCUCAGUGUUCGGCUAGCAGACUGCCAUCUCCUGCAUGGACACAUCAGAACUGCCUUGGAUAUCUGUGACCACCUCUUGGCAGCAGAGCAGAAAACUUACUACAAUACUCUCUUAGCAUUGCGAGGGUUCUGCUUCCUCCACACUCAUGACCAUCAGCAAGCCCUGCAGGACUUCCAAAAGGUCAUUGAGCAUGAUUUCCCACACCCUAGCAGCUGUAUUAAAGCCUUGUGUGGGCGUGGACUUAUCCGGAUUUCUGGUGGCAGCCAUUACUUGACAGCCCUGGAUUAUAUCACAGCUUGCCAGUUAAAGCUGGAAGAAACCAUCUUCACAAGCAAGUCCUAUGUGCCGUGGAACCAAAGAGGACUGCUGCUAAAAGUUCUCCAGGAAGAAGGACAGAAGAUGCUCCAGAAGAAGAGGUACCCAGGAGGCAGUUCAGCCUGUGGGCAGAGAAAAAAAACAGGGCUUUCUAACAGAAAGGGAGUGGCUUGAGGAGAUGCCCCUGGGGUUUACCAGCUGGCUUCUCUGUUGGUGGAGCUGGACACUUCCGAUGAAGCAUCGCGGAUCCUUUGUGCUGAUGCCCUGUACCAGAUGGGCUGUGUAGAAGAAGCUCACAAGCUCCUCUUACUCGCGCUCUCAGGAAAUCCACAAAGGUCUCCCAUCCUGGCUAGACUUGCACUUCUGCAGUUGAAGAAAGGUUUCAUGUAUGAUGGCAACCAGCUGCUAAAGAAAGUGAUCAGAAUUGGAGAUACGUCCUGCCUCCUGCCAAUCAUGGAUAUUUUCAAAGAUGAAGACCGGAAGUUGAUGCAAACUCAUUGCCAUUUCAGAGCACUGACCAUCUUGAAGGACAAACAGGAUGCUGCUGACAUCAAAGAGGCCAUUGCCUACCUUUCCUUUGCCAUCAUUGCUUCAGGUGGUUAUGCUGAAGAUUGCCUUCUCAUCAGGGCUCAAUGUUAUGGGCGCCUUGGCCAGAAGAAAACUGCUAUUUUUGAUUACAGUGCUAUCCUAAAGGAUGACCCUAGGAACGUGCAAGCUCUAAGUGGACGAGGAUUCAUUUACCUUGCUCUGAAACAGCAGAAGGAGGCAGUGCAAGAUUUGAUCUCAGCACUGAAGGUGGAGGCAGGAGUAGUGAUCCCAGCAAUCCUGUCUUUAAAGCAUGAAGCCCAAGGGUUGAUCACUCAGUGGCUUCUUCAGCAUGGCAGGACUGCAUUAACUGAUCUUGUUGCUACUAACGACCUUUCAAAAGAAGAAACACUCAGGGAUCUUCUCAUGAUUGCAGAAGCACUAAUUAAAAUUUGCAAGGAUGCACAAUAUCACAUCUUCUACACAGAUGUUUUGAUUGCAAAUGGUAAGUACGAAGAGGCCCUUGAUCACCUUUGGGAAGCGUUUGGCCACUCUCUUGCUGAUGAUUUUGCUAGUGCAAGACUAGCUGUGCUGCAGCUGAAGAGGAGGAACGUGCCAGCGGCAGCUCACUCAUUCAGCAUCCUAGCUAAGAAAGAUGAAAGAGAGUUGGGGUUUCUCCUGAACUUCGUAGACACUAAGCAACAGCAGCAUCUUUCUCAGGUAGCAGCCCAAGAAGGAAAUGUGCUGGUUAAAGAAUAUCACUAUGAGAAGGCUCUUGGUUAUUACACCCUGGCUGUCCUGACAAGCAAAGAUAAUCAGAGGUAUCUCCGGCAGAGGGCUGCUUGCCUUACGCACCUGAAAAAAUAUGGCAAAGCUUUAAAAGAUAUGGAGAAAGUGAUCCAGAAGCAUGGCUGUGACAGUCUUAAAACACGCGUUGAGGACCACUGCUCAACAGGACACCUGCUAUUGUCAAUGUCUGAGGAAGAAGCAGCAGUUAAGCAGUAUAUUGAGGCACUGCAGUUAGACGAAUCUAUGGCAUUGUGCAGCAUCACGAAUGGCCCUGGCAGUGAAAUUUUAACCAAAACAUUUCACAAGAUUGCACAAUGUAAUUUUGAAAUGCAGCAUUAUGAAGAGGCCUGGAAAAUCACAGACUAUGGUCUUAAAAUUGAUAAAAGUACUGAACUUAAAAAGCUGAAAACAAGACUUAAGCGAGAGGCAUCAAGCUGUAGCAUACAUUAA